UCUACGUCACUUCCGCCGUGUCUCGCUGUGUGCGUUUUUUCGUGCAAAGAUGGCGUCUGCACAGUUAACGGAUGAGGAGCUUGUGUCUGAAUUAAAACGGCUCGGCUACACCCCGGGCCCGGUGACGGAAAGCACGCGGCCCGUGUACUUGAAGAAACUCAAAAAGCUGCGGGAGGAGCAGCCACAGCCGCGGGGCUCCCGGAGCGGAAAAGGACGCAGCAGCAGCGGGAGUAUCAACAGCAACGGCAGUAGCGGCGCUAGCAACAGCAACGCCGCGGCGCGAGCUCCGGGACUCAGCGCCAGGCCACCGGACGGUGACGUCACACGUGUGAGCGCCAGCCGGAGCGAAAAGCGCAGACCCGGAAAGUUCGUGCUGGGCUUCAGCUCGGACGAGUCGGACGCGGAGGCGCCGCAGAAGAAAGGAGGCCCGAAUCACGGCGGCAGCGGCAGCAGGAGAGACCGAGGAUUCGCGCUGCAGACACCCACCGUCAGGCCUGCGGGAACACCCGCCGCCUCCCUCGGCUUAUCCGUGGACAGGAAAAGCAUUUCUGCGUCUCCGUGGUGGGCAGACCGAGGCAAAUCCAACGAUUUAGAGGAAACGGAAAGAGACAGUCGGGCUUUGAACGGGAAUAAGGCGUUCUAUGAGUCUAACAGUAGUAAGCUAGCCAGGGAUUACUCUGAUUCAGACGAGGAGGAGGAAGAGGAGGGUGAACGAGAGCGUCCCCGCGAACGCCGUCUGACUUCCAGACACAGUCCACCCGCCUCCUCUUCUUCCCCGUACCGGAGCGUCUGGAGCGCGGAGAAAACGGCGCAUGAUACUCCCGACUUCAGUCUAGAUAUGCUUGGGCAACGAGAUGAGAAGAAACCGAGGGAGUUUAGCAGAAGCUACGCGAGCCGCAGCUACCAGAAACUCUCCGGGAUUGACGGGGAUGAUAACAGCAGCGGCGGCGGUAGUAUCUCAUCCGGUUCUUUUAAUAAGAACCACCUCGACAACGGAGACGGCGAGUCCCCCUGCAGCAGCAGCAGCAGUCGGUUCAGUAUCGGGCUCAGACCGCGCUUUCCCUCCUACACAGCGACCUACCGAGCGAACCACUCGAACCACACCGGCUCCAACCACUCCUACAGCCAUGCCUCAGCCCUCAAGCCCAAGCAACACACCGCGGUCCCCGAGGACGAGCUCCUGCAGCAGUUUAAACGGGAGGAGGUGUCCGCCACCGGCGGCUUCAGCGCUCACUACUUGUCCAUGUUCCUCCUGACAGCCGCCUGCCUGUUCUUCGUCCUGCUGGGCCUCAUGUACCUGCGGAUGAGGGGCUCCAGCUCCUCCGAGGGGGAUGCAGACAUCAUACUUCACCCAUUCGGACCAGAGUUUGAUCUGCAGUAUGGCGUCAAAGACCGAGACCUCAUCCUUAGCCUGCUCCUGUCUCUACACGAGCACCUGGCCAAUGUCGCAGGAGAACAUGAUUGUGGAGACCUUAAAAAUCCUUUAAACAGAAGUGUCUCAUUUAGUGAUGCCUCUACGUACCUCAAGCUCCAAAAUGAAGCCUAUGAAAACUUGAUUGAAACGUCUUUAGAAUGGGUCAUGAAAACCAAAGAUGUUGUCGGUAUAAGGUUGAUUGGUGCCGACCCUGCUCAACCCAUAGAGGACGUAUCGGAAAUCUCACGACUGGAGUCCAUCCACCCCCGCAUGUCCUUCUUCUGUCGCCUCAGACGCGCCUUCUUCACUGUGAUCCACAGAGUUCUCUUCGUCCUUGCAGGCAUCGGUGUAGUUUUGGGUUUGGUGUAUUACAUGAAAUACAGAUGGCGCAAAGAAGAGGAGGAAACUCGACAGAUGUAUGACAUGGUGGAGAAGAUCAUUGGUGUACUGAGAAGCCACAACGAAGCCUGUCAGGAGAAUAAGGACUUGCAGCAGUAUUUGCCCAUCCCUCACGUCCGUGACUCUCUUGUCCAGCCUGAAGACAGAAAGAAGAUGAAGAAGGUAUGGGACAGAGCCGUUGCAUUCCUCUCAGCUCAUGAGUCCCGCAUCCGUACAGAAACGCAGAGGAUUGGAGGGGCGAACUUCAUUGUGUGGCGGUGGCUUCAGCCCUCAAUGUCACCUGAUAAGAUGUCCAGCAUGACCUCCAAAGUGUGGCAAGGCCAAGCAUUUCCAUUGGACCGAAGAAAUUCGCCACCAAACAGCUUAACGCCAUGCUUGAAGAUUCGCAACAUGUUUGAUCCUGUCAUGGAAGUGGGGGAAAACUGGCACCUCACCAUUCAAGAAGCCAUUUUGGAGAAGUGCAGUGAUAACGAUGGAAUCGUUCACAUAGCUGUUGACAAAAACUCAAGAGAGGGCUGUGUUUAUGUGAAGUGCCUUUCAGCAGAGCAUUCUGGGAAAGCCUUCAAAGCGCUUCAUGGCUCCUGGUUUGAUGGUAAGCUGGUGACGGUCAAGUAUCUACGCCUGGAUCGCUACCACCAGCGUUUCCCACAAGCCCUGGGCUGCAACACGCCCCUCAAGCCCUCCAGCUCCAGCAUGAACAGCAUGUCUCGCCUGAACCAGCGAUCCAGCACAUCCAGCUCACUGGGUUUCUCUUGAGGCACAUGCCAACAGCCACCACCAUCCUCUCUGCUCUCUCUUUCGCUAUAUACGAGGCUCCCUUCUCCUGCGUCCUCUUUACCAGAGAGAACCGCGUUCAGGAGCUUUUACAGUUGGGAGACCUGGGACGCCCAAUCAGUUUUGUCAGCCAUAUGCAAGCAAUGGUCUUUAAACCUGUGAGCUGCUGUGUUUUUUUUCUUUUUUCCUGUCCUUCGGUAUCAAGGAAAGCAAGGGAGAUGCACACACUGGCGUGAAACCGGUGGAGAGAGAGUUGCUCGGUCCGGUGGGAACUUUUAGGAGAGGUGGACGAUGCAAUCUCUGUCCUUCUCAUGUCUGGUGCAAGUGGACACAAAUUUCUGUUUCUUAUGUAUUUUCUUUGUUUUUGAUAAACCGUCUUUAUGGAUUCAAUGACAAAAACGGCUUCCAACUUUAAAUCUCACAACACGAAUGAGAGUUUUCCGGCCUCUGCUUAUUUUUUAUGUAACUAACUCCCCUCCUUAAUUCCAAGGAGCUCUGUUGGGCUAUACAUAGCUGCAUGUGCUGGUUAAAGUAUGCCUAUAUUUAAGCUUUGAAUUGUAUCAUAUAUUGUGGAUGUUUAUUUCCCUGAUGCUGUUUUAGCUGAUGUAUUCCCUUUAUUAUUAUUAUUUUUUUUUUUUGCCUUUUUGUUUUGUAGUUUUUAGUCCAAGAACAGCAUGCACACACUCUAGAAAGGGGUGCUGUAAAUAUCUUGUUGAAUGGUGGUGGUUGAAAUCAUCUGUAUGAAACUGAAAUCGUUAUAAGCUCUCGUUUGUUUCUUGCCAACAGAAUAACUACACUGCUGCAUUCAGAGACGUGUCAUGUGGAAAGGGUCUACAUGGCUUUGUGAGAGAAACAAACAAUUGUGUUCCCCUUCAAUGCCAUGUUUCUGAACACUAGUCUUAAUUGUCACAGCCUGAUUAUAUUCAAGUAUAUAAUUAUUUACUGUUGUUUUGUUUAUAUUUUGAAAGUUAUGCUUUUCCCAUUAUAAUUAGUGCACAUGGAUGUCCCCCCCCCUUCCCCUCCCCCCCUCACUGGUCACUUGGCAGAUUUUAAAUGCCACCCUGUCACUGUUUUUAAUCUGUUCCCGGCCCUUCUAAAUUUCCAAAGGAGACGUUUUUGAUGGAAGUUGUUUUCUGACUUUCUUGUACACACUUGUGCUAUGGUCGCAGCCUGAUAUGGUGAUCUGAUUCUAAUUUGUAUCAGGACACAUUCAUAAACAGAGCAUGUCAUGCUGCGGUCAUGUCUAUUUUGGAUCACAGAAAGAUUUAUCAGCUUUUGUUUAGAUGCAGUUCGGGUGGAUAUGAGGUAAAUAAAACGUACUUGUUUAUUA